AUGUCGUCGGCGUCUCAGAACUAUGUCUCUGAGAAGCAGCUUGUUGGAGUGGGAUAUGCCAUGAUCGGGAUGACCUCGAUCGUCUUCGCCGCGAGAACGUUGAUCAGAGUCAACCAACCGAAAAGAAUCCAGGCAGACGACUACUUCCUCCUGCUGGCCUAUCUCUGCUUCCUCACUCUGAGCAUCCUAUACAUCGUACUUGCUCCGACCAUGUACCGUGUUACCGAUGCCACCUCGGGGCUCACGCCAUUGUACCCAGAAAUCUUGUCGGACUCCUUAUUCAUGAUCAAGAUAUUCUUCGCCAACACUAUGAUCUUCUGGUUCGCGCUGUAUGCCGUCAAAUUCUCAUUCCUCUCGCUGUACCGACGUCUCAUGAAAGGCCUCCGCGUCUACAUGCAGCUUUGGUGGGCGGUCGUGGUCUUUUGCGUCUUGACAUUGAUAGGUUGUGUGGUUAGCAAUUUCACCAGCUGUCACAGUAUGCACGCCUGGUUUACUCCCGGCGAGUGUUCCGAGCCGCGGGAUGCCCGUGCUCAAAUAGCCUCGUUGUACUAUGCCUAUGCGGUCGAUGUUAUUUCAGACCUUUUCAUCAUGUUCCUGCCCCUACGUCUGAUCUGGAAUUUGCAACGGCCCACGGCACAAAAAGUCGGAAUAGGGGGUCUCUUCUGCGUUGGUUGGAUUUGCAUUACCUUCGCCACCAUCCGAGUGGUCCAAAUCGGCGUCAAGGCGAAUAACAAUUCGACCCCGUCCUCGUCCUGGCUCGCUCUCUGGGCUAUCGUCGAAAGUUCAGUUACUGUCAUAGUCGGGUGCUGUCCCGGCCUAUAUUCAAAAGCCAAAGAAGUCCAGUCAACCCGCAAGACAUCAUCCAAGAGGAGCGGCUUGCCCCCAAACUACUACCCUGGGAGCCGUGGGUACGAGAAACACGGAACCGGUGCAGACGACAGCAAGAUGGACUUCGAAACAAUGGUAUCUGGAAAAUCACGGUCUUACCACGCCGUUACCACCGGUGGCACGCAUCACAGUAUUGAGUUGAAGAACAUGCCCGUCAAAGCUGCCAGUUCACAGAGCACCCAACGCACCCAACGCAGAGAAGACACCAACGGCACGUUCUGGGAAGGCGACGAGACGUCUAGCCAAGAGGAGUUAAACGGACCUAAGCACAUUUAUGUGACGAACAGCAUUGAGAUCAAGGAUGAGGACGAGUCGAUUCGUGAAAGCAGCCGGAAGGAUGUCGACUUUGCGAAAAGUGUAGUCUAA